AUGGCGCUCAAGGCGGUGGUCGGUCAAAGGAUCCUCACAGAAGUGUUUUCUCCUCUGAAGAAACCAAAUGAAUGGAAGGUGUUGGUUGUAGACCAGCUGAGCAUGCGCAUAUUGUCAUCAUGUUGCCGCAUGAAAGAUAUGACCAAUCAGGGCAUUACAUUGGUGGAAGACUUGAUGAAGAAACGUGAGCCUCUACGCACUCUGGAGGCCAUCUACAUCAUUCAGCCAUCGGAAAAGUCUAUCACUCAAUUGAUCAACGAUUUCAAGGAGCCGCUCAGCCCCCAGUACAAAGCAGCCCAUAUUUUCUUUACAGAAUGUUGCCCGGCUGAGCUGUUCACCACGCUGUGCAAGAACCCGGCGGUGAAGAACAAGAUCAAAAACUUGAAGGAGAUCAACAUCGCCUUCAUGCCGUACGAAUCAUCGGUUUUCUCUCUGGAUUCUCCCGAGAGUUUCAACAUCUUCUACAAUCCAACACGUACAGCCAACCGCACCACCAUGAUUGAGAGAAUCUCAGAGCAGAUCGCUACCCUCUGCGCGUCCCUCGGUGAAUACCCGGCCAUCAGAUAUCGCAGUGAUUUCGAUCGGAAUCUUGAAGUGGCUCAGAUGAUUCAGAGUAAGCUGGACGCCUACAAGGCCGACGAGCCUACCAUGGGAGAGGGUCCGGAGAAACAUCGCUCUCAGUUGAUUGUCGUCGAUCGUGGAUUUGAUCCAGUGUCUCCUCUUCUGCAUGAACUGACGUUCCAGGCCAUGGCCAACGACCUCUUGCCCAUUGAGAAUGACGUCUACAGGUAUGAAGCUAGUGGAGGGGAGAUGAAUGACCAAGAGGUGCUCCUGGACGAGAACGAUGAUCUGUGGAUUGGUCUCCGCCACCAGCACAUCGCUGACGUUUCACAGGGCAUUACCACUCAGCUGAAGAACUUUGCCAAGGCCAAGAUUGGCGGCAAGAUGGGUUCCGAAGGCUCAGAUAAGACGAGCGUCCGUGAUCUGUCUCAGAUGUUGAAGAAGAUGCCACAAUAUCAGAAGGAUAUGAGAAAGUACUCCACCCAUCUGAGGCUUGCCGAGGACUGCAUGAAGCAGUUCAAGCCGUUGGUUGAGAGUCUGUGCCGAGUUGAGCAGGACCUGGCCCUCGGUACCAACCCAGAGGGAGAGAGAGUCAAGGAUCAGAUGAGGAACAUCGUCCCGAUCCUCCUUGAGCAGAAAUAUUCCUCCUACGAUAAACUCCGCAUUAUUCUGCUCUAUGUCAUCGGAAAGAAUGGAAUCAGUGAAGAGAAUAUGAACAAGUUGAUUCAACACGCCCAGAUUCCUGAGCCAGAGAAGCCAAUUGUAACCAACAUGAAACACCUCGGAGUGCAAAUCAUAUUUGACCCCAAAGCUCGCAAGUCCAAGAACUCUGACAGGAAGGAGCGCAUUACGGAGCACACCUACCAGCUCUCACGCUGGACACCCGUCGUCAAGGAUAUCAUGGAGGACACAAUUCAAGAUCGCUUGGAUCAGAAAGUGUACCCAUUCUUGUCAGGCAGAUCGACUGCUACCAGCUAUGGAGGAUCAAACGCUAGAAGCGCAAGGUACGGCCACUGGCACAAGGACAAGCAAGCGACUAACUACAAGAGCGGCCCUCGCUUGAUCAUCUUCAUCAUCGGUGGUGUGUCCUACUCGGAGAUGAGAUGCGCGUACGAAGUCACUAAGAAUCCACAGUUCACCAAGUGGGAAUGCUACAUCGGAUCGACACAUAUUCUGACUCCGGAGGGGUUCUUGACAGACCUCCGUGACCUCAGUAACAGCUGAACAGUUGCAGCCAAUCACAGCACAGUCGUGCUGGGCAGUGACCAAUCAGAGCCCAGCCAACUUUCAAACCAACUCAACACAAGCCAUACAUUGCCGUCGUCCUCCUCCUCUGUGGGCGGGGCUAGGCAACGCCCACGUCACGGUAGGUUACGGCACCUUCCCAAUCGUAACAGCGAUUGCACCGAACCCGACAAGCACAAGCUAUUACAGGAAUAGCAACAAAAAUGCGUGAUUGGCCCUAUCUGACCUGUAGAGGGAGCUAUAACAAGAAGAAAAAGAAAAUUCUAAACAAGAACAAUCUAAACAUAUUUACUCAGACAAUGAGCUCAUGUAUUUAAUCACAUUGUACCUGUGAUAUUUAAAUGCCAUGAACUCGGUAUAAACAAGCUCUCAAAUUCUCUUGUACACGCUAUACUCACUUAAAAAUUAAAAUUAAAAGUUAAAAUUUAUAGCCAAUAUUUAUCGAUCAUGAUUUUGUGGAAAAAGUAAUUUUUGGCGGGCCAUCCGGUUAUGGAAAAAAACAUGUUUUCGUUGACAAUACAAUAAUUGAUUUGGUGCUUUGAAAAGCUCCCUCUACUGGCAGCAUAUGUCCAAUUUAAAUCAAGGGGAAACUUUCCAUGGCUUGCCUGCAAGUUUUCCGCGAGUGAAAUUGUUUUAUUUCAUAACCAAGCAAUAUUCAAUAGAUUGAUGAAAUCAAGAUGUUGGGAAAUAUCAAUUUUUAAGAAGUUAUAAUUAAAUUGAUUCUGUUUUGAUAUUUGAAUGAUAUUUAUUUCCUCAUGGUUCGAUUCCGCGGUGUUAAAAGUUCAUAAGUUUCAGUGGUUCUGACAAUCGCAGAGAUGCUGUAGGGUCGAAUUAUAUGAAUAGAGAUAUGCGAAGUAGUGAAAUAGUCAGUUUGUAAGCUUCAUUUACAGAUUUUUCAGACAUUUUUUCAUCGGUGAAUAAUUUAUUGUUGUUGAUUAAGUAAAUCAGAAAUAGAUUAAACAUUUCACUUUUGUCUUUUUUCCUGUUGUCAAGGCAGCCAUUCCAUGUAUCGUACCCAAAUAUACGGAGUGCAUACUAAAUUUGUAAAAUGAAAAUACAUAAAUAUUCUACAAUUUGUCUUGGCUUUCUGUAGUGCAGUUAUAUCAAUGUUGGACAACUUAUUAUAGCUCAGAAUCAACUAUGAAACGUGUUAACCAUUUGUAUGAUUGUAGUCGAACCUAUCCGAUUGAAAAUUAGUAUUGAAGGAAAAUAAUAUUUGACGUAAUUUUAAUAUAAUCUGCUGCAUAGGGUAUACUCGGUAAGAACUAUUAACAUUUUAACGAUGAUUGAAACGAGGAACUUUUGGGGGUUUUUUUCGAGCCGGAAAUCCUUGGAGUGUUUGAGAGAAAACUAUUCAGAGACGUCCGCUGUUUCAUGUCGUGUUGUUAGAUUGGGAAUGAGGUGUUGCUUGUCAUGCUUGUUUGUGUUAACAUUGAUUCCAGUUGGAUACUUCAUGAAACAGUAGUAGGCAGGGUUUGGUCGCAGACUGAAAAUGAGUUCACAAUGGGUGGGGGGGGGGUGCACCUUGCCCCGUAUCGAGUUUACAGAAGAUAGCAGCCACCGAUGACAUCAGUGCUAGUGUCUAUAGGGCCCCCCAGGGAUCUCACAUUUUACUUCAAGAUAUCUCUACCAAGUCAGCAGUGCAAUACUGUAUACCUACAUGUAGCGUAAAACUUUAUGUACAAAAACUAAGGCAUCAAUAUAGCUUCAAAUUUUCUCUACAAUUUUCUUUCUCUUCAUAUUUGUAAAGAUUUAAAUCCACAGUGUGUGAUGGUAUUAAUUACUGGUCGAAACAAUGUGGUAGAUUUCUGAAUUCUAAAUAUGUACUGAUUCAGAAUAUAAUAAUUGAUAAGUACAACUGUAGAUAGCAGUAAACAUGGAAAGUAAACAAUUAAACUUUUUGACUCCUAAGAUGUAAGAUUGAGAUUAAUUAUGAAGCAUGGUAUGUUAAUAAUGUCAGAGGUGUUUUGAUUUUUUAUAUGACAUUCCUUUUUCUAGUGUUAAAAUAAUCCCAGUGAGUUAUGCCCCUGUGGUUUUGUUUUGGGUUUAAAAAUUGUUUUUGUUACUACACCAAUAUUUGAUUUCAAAAUAUUCUUUGACAUUAAUCACAAAAGUAAGGGAAAUUUAACAAAUCUUUAAGACCCAAAAGUGCUGGGCCAAAUUUCGUAAGAGUCGGUCAAGCACAAAAAGUAGCUAAGCAUAAACAAAUUCUGGUUACCAGAACAAGGUUACCAACCAAACUACCAUGUCCUGCUUAUGUUUGCUUAGCGGGAUAUUUUAAGCGCUUUUGUCUGCUUAAACAGCUCUAUGAAAUAGGGCCCUGCAAGUUAAACAGCAAAAUUGGCAUUGGUCAAAAGUAAAAAUAAAAUGGUUAUAGUUUUUUUUGUAUAUACAA